UGGCAGCAGCGCACGCGCUAACGGCGCUCGGUUCCCUCCAGUGGUCACCGUGAUCCUGUGAUGGGAAUGUCCCGGAGGAUCCCCAGCCAUAAGAGCAUUAGACUGCCAGCGGAGCGCGGUGCACAGGGCAGCGGCAGGAGCAGUCAGGGCUGUGUGCCGGAGCGGCCUCCCCCUCCUCAGUCCACACCCCCAAGUGCUGGCAGAGCUCGGCUACUGGUGACAGGCAGUGUGUGGCUCUAGGCGUGUGCUGGGAGAAGGUGGCAUCGCUCACCUAUUGUCUGUCGCCCACUGCUACCUACCUGACAGCAGAGGUGUCCGGGGAUGGCUGGCAUGCGGAGCUUCUAAGUGCACGGCAGGAUUCAGCGCGGGGGCCACAGACCGCAAGGAGACCGCUCACUUUUCCUCUGGGGUUGGAUGAGAACAGGAGACUGGCAUCAUGAGCACCAACUCAAUGCCCUACCCACAUAGCUCUUACAGUUCUUCGGGGAGCUCUGGGCCUAUCCAAUGCUAUCGAUGUAGAGAGACAUGUAAAGGAGAAGUAGUGAGAGUGCAGACCAACCACUUCCAUAUCCGUUGCUUCACCUGUCAAGUGUGUGGCUGUGAUCUGGCCCAGUCUGGCUUCUUCUUUAAGAAUGGAGAGUAUAUCUGCACACGCGAUUACCAGCAACUCUAUGGGACCCGGUGUGACAGCUGCAGAGAUUUCAUUACAGGAGAAGUCAUUUCAGCGCUUGGACGAACAUAUCAUCCGAAAUGCUUUGUAUGCAAUAUGUGCAGGAAACCUUUUCCUAUUGGAGAUAAGGUCACCUUUAGAGGUAAAGACUGUGUUUGCCAGAAUUGUUCCCAGUCCUUAGUAAGUGACAAGCCAAUCAAGAUCCAUGGACCAAGCCAUUGUGCCGGGUGUAAGGAAGAGAUCAAACAUGGCCAGUCACUACUGGCACUGGAGAAACAGUGGCACGUCAGCUGCUUCAAGUGUCAGACGUGUGGCAUCAUCCUGACCGGGGAGUAUAUCAGCAAAGACGGCGUGCCUUACUGUGAGUCCGAUUACCACGCUCAGUUUGGGAUUAAAUGUGAAACUUGCAACAAAUACAUCAGCGGCAGAGUCCUGGAGGCAGGUGGCAAGCAUUAUCACCCCACAUGUGCCCGGUGUGUACGAUGCCAGCAAAUGUUUUCAGAAGGGGAAGAAAUGUACCUGACAGGCUCUGAAGUGUGGCAUCCAAUAUGUAAGCAAGCAGCCCGUGCAGAGAAGAAGCUAAAAUACAGAAGAGCUUCAGAAACCUCAAUUUCCCCACCAGGAUCCAGCAUCGGCUCCCCCAAUCGGGUUAUCUGUGCUAAAGUAAACAAUGAGAUUCUAAAUUACAAGGACUUAGCUGCUCUCCCCAAGAUUAAAGCAAUCUACGCAGUGCAGCGCCCUGACCUCAUUUCUUACGAGCCUUAUAGCAGAUACACGUCGGAUGAGAUGCUGGAGAGAUACAGCUAUGGGGAGGAUAUCUAUGAAGGAAUGGAUCUCCGUCAGAGAAGGUCAUCAAGCCCAGGAUAUAUUGAUUCUCCUCUCUACAGCCAUCGAGACCUCUCUCUCACCAUGCCACGCUCUCCCCAGCAUUACUAUAUGUCAGGCACUGAGAGUGGUCGUAACUCCCCUUACUAUAGCCAGGUAGAUGUACGUUGCUCUACACCAAUUCUUUACCAGACUCCUCGACAUUUCCACAUACCAGCUGCCGCAGAAAGUAACAUAUAUCGGAAGCCUCCUAUCUAUAAGCGUCAUGCAACAAAGAGCAAAACAAGUGACGAUCUUGUGCACUCUUCAAAAUAUCUGCCUCCAUAUUCUCCAGAUCCCUAUUACCAGUCAGAGCCUGAGUAUUGGAUGUACUCACCAAAGAUGCCUCGAGCACGGAGGUUCUCCUCAGGAGGAGAGGAAGAUGGUUUUGAUCGAAGCAUGCACAAGCUCCAGGGAGGGAUUGGGAGAAUGAUCCUGAAGGAAGAGAUGAAGGCUCGGUCGUACAUUGAUCCUUGGACCCCUCCUCGAAGUUCGGCGGGCAGUAAAGAAGCGCUUCACAAUGUCGGCUAUGAUAAUGGAUCUCCCAACAAGUGUUACCUUGCAGACAAUGAUCCCCUGAUCUCCAAAUCUGCCUCACUCCCUGCCUACCGGAGGAAUGGACUUCACAGGCCACCCAGCACCGACCUUUUCCAUUACGAUAGUGCCAACGCUGUCAACUGGGGCAUGAGAGAGUACAAGAUUUACCCAUAUGAAUUACUCAUGGUGACCACUAGAGGGAGGAGUAGACUACCCAAAGAUGCAGACAGAACUCGACUGGAGCGGCACCUGUCACCUGAAGAGUUCUAUCAAGUGUUCGGAAUGACCAUAUCAGAGUUUGACCGCCUGGCACUGUGGAAGAGAAAUGAGCUGAAGAAACAAGCCAGGCUUUUCUAACUCGCUCCACCAUGUGCCUCAAUACGUACACCUCUAUAAAUAUAUUUAUAAAUAUAUAUAUAUAGAACUUAUGUAUAACUACUACACAUAAUAUAUAUAUUGUAUCAUAGGAAGACCUUCACAGAACUGGUUUUGUACCUCUCAGGAGCGAUAGGGCCUACAGCUUAUUUCUAUGCAGUGCGUUGUAGUCCCUUUCACUCCUGCCUGGGUUAUUCUGUGGAGAGAGAUAUUUUCAACUCUUGGUUAUAUUUUUUAAAUGCUGUUUUUUAUGCGCCGCUGUUUUGGAGAGUUUAGAGACUUCAAUGAACCUGCAACCUUAACAUUGUUACAACAAGUCUUGAAAACCCAUUUGUUUUGAUCUCUCGAAAUUCCCCCAUGGUAACUAAUUGGCAAGUAUGCCAAAUGUACGCUGGUCAUGUCAGCCAGAACCCGGCGGUGUCACUGCAGAUUGUUUCAGUAUUAAGCCAACUGCUGACUAAUGUGUGGAAACAGGAUGGUGCUCCUUGCAUAACAGAAGCCGCCUUUACCUGCUCACGACAUUCCUUGCAUGCUCUUUUCAGUUAUUGAUAUCAAUUUUAUAUAAAAGCUAUAUCGCUUAUAUUCAGCACCCGAAAUGCACCAAGUGAUGUUUGGCAGACAUGGGUGAUCACCUUGUCACACAAGAGGUAAGGUCAGCUGAGGCUUUUGGAGCCUGCCACCAUAUGCAGAGAUGUAAGCGAAACAUGUAGCUUAUUCCCAUGAAUAAUGUGAAGUAAAUACAAAUAUUGGCUCGUCUUAAAAUUUCAUGUAGACCUUCAGAGGGCAUUCUAACACUGUCUCAUCUACAGUAUAUUUCCCCAAUGUAAAGACUUGGACCACCAGUGCCCUCCUCAUGUUGAUGUAAUGCUGCUGUCAGUGGGGCAUUUUAUUUUUUUCUUUGCUGGAAAUAGUGCCCGCACCAUGUGAUUUCACUAUGACAUGUACUAUUUUUAUAUCUUUUAUAAUUUGCACUUUUCUUCAGGUGACAUUUUUACUUUUUAUAAUGUGCUCCAAUUUUCAUAUGCACAGAUUUCUUAGCAUUGGAUACAAAAAGCAUUUUAUAAAUUGAUUGUUACUGCUGUCCCGUAUUAAUUUCUUAGUAUAGAUGAUUAGGCUAGGUCCAAAACCACGCCAAUCUGCCUGUUGACUGCAUCUAAAAGCAUUGCAUUGUCACUUGCCGUGCAGUAAACUGCCAUAUAGCUGCAUAACCGUGUGGCCAGGGGCGGACUGGGAACUUAAAGUGGCCCUGGAAAAAACUAAAAGUGGCCCCAAUGUUGUAGAUGGAUCUGAAUAUGGGCCAAUACAAGUUGGCAGGGUCAGUAAUACCUUAGUACAGCAAAAGAUACCAUCCUACAGAACUAAAUCCCACUGUGUGGCACAAAAUACCUCUCCAGAAGCUGUCCCCCUGUCGUGACCAUCAAUAGCUGCCACAUUCUAUCCUUCCAUUUGUCUCUAAUAUGGAUAUGGAACAGAGGUCUUAGGAGGUGAAAUGUGGGCCACAACACCAAGCCAGCCCUACAUUCAGCAUGCUGCCUGGACUUCUUGUAAUGAUGAACCCUAUAGUUCCUCCAGUAGUAUGUACUCAUCCAGCGGCAGUGAGGAGGGCUCGGGUGGCCCUAUGGGCAUCGGUACAUUGCAAAAAUUUCCUGUAGGGUCUAUGGCCAGCCUGCCCCUGCAUUUGGCCCUUAAUAAUGAAACUGCUUUUAGCUGCAGUUGGCUUGAAAACUGGCAUGUAGAUCAGCGCAGUUUGCUCCUUUGUGGGGCAGCCAAACAAACUUUUUUUUAUUAUACAUCUUAACCCUACAUUGCUAGGCAAGAAUGUCCUAUUAUACUGUAUGCAUUAUUGUAUGUAUUCUUAUAUAUAUAAAUUAUGUACAUAAAUGAGCCUCUUUAAAGAGAUAACGGUAGGGGCAUAUCUUUGUUGAAAAGAAAAGUGAAACUAAAAGGCCCUCCUAGACAUAAGGUCAAUAGGUUACGUCGCAGGAAAGAAGGAUUGGACAUAUUGAAUUUCACCACCCAACCCAUUUGUUCUCAGUAGAAGAGAUAAACUGAAGCCUCAGGUGCCUGGUACUGGCUUUGAGCCCUUUUAUACAGGCUGAGGAUUGGGUAAAUUUUCAGGACCAAAUGUACAUACAAAGGGUCAUUUUAAAUAAUUGGCCUGUGUAAAGGUGACACCAAUGCUGAUCGUAUCUUUAAUGGAGCACCUAAAAUCAUCGGCAGCACGUCAACCAUAGGCAAGCAUUAAUUAUCACUGUCGUUCAUUCCUCUUUUGCUUUGCAUCAAGCUGUGUGAAAGACCUUUUAAAUGAGCACUGAUCAACUUAUAUGUUGUCGAUCAGCAAUCGUUAUUGGACCAGCAUUGACCCAUGCAAUAGGGCACUUACUCCCUUCUCCCCACUGAGAACAUGCGUUUGGAGACGCUGAGAGGAAUAGCUGUUAAACAACAGCUAGUGAAGGUAUAUGGCCACCUUAGGCCCUCUCCGCCAUUCAGAAGUGCUUUCAUCUCAUGAUUCAUGAGCCCUGAUGUGAGCUUAUCAGUUUUUCAAAAACAAAUUGAAAAAUAAAAGACUUGAAACCUGCUAAUUUCAACAAGGGGAAUGAAACUUUGCAGUCAGUAAAAUGAAUUUGGACUAGGGAUGAGCAAACCUCUGUUUACAAGUUCGGCAUACAAGGUUCGGGUUAUCUAAGAAUUCCAUUAUAACUUAUAACGGGAGAUAACUUGGUGCGUGGUAGAGGAAUCCAUAACGGAAUUAUUUGAUAACCCGAACCUUGUACGUCGAACUUGAAAACACAAGUUUGCACAUCCCUAAUUUGGACUAAUCAGUGUGCUUUCACGCAAUGGUCCAUCCACAUUCUCCAAUCCCCACAGUCCUAGAAAUCAACUCCCCAGAGCCAAAGGAUGACACUGAUUACAGUGGAAACUGUGAUGCUUCCAUACUCCCAAUUGACAAAAGGGGUGGAGACAGGAAAAAUUAUCAAGUUCCCUGGAGAACGUGGAGUUUUACAAAAGUGAAACGUACUUUCUCCAACUUAACAAAUAGCAUGUGACUGGUUGCCUUGUUAUAGUGAUGGCUUAAGGGGUUCUGUAAUUUCUAAAGCAUAUGCGCACCCAUUUUGCAGUUUCCUGUACAUUGUCCAUUAGAUGGUGCUCUUCCAUUACAUCAGGAGGGGAAGUGAUUUGGCAGAUAUGUAUUCAUCCCAGGAUUUAGACCUGCUUUGCACCAGUAUGGGAAAUAGUAAUAAAGAACUCCUACUGCACAGAAAUUACAAGUGAUCGCUGCUGGUUGGCUUCUCGAUUAUAAAACUGGCUAUGCACAUUAGAUUAAUGUCAGAUGAACCUGCCAAUUUUGGUGACUGGCCAACUAACUAAUAUGUGUGGAUGCCUCUCAACUCUUUCCUGAUGUUAAAUGUCCAGGGAGAGGAGGAUUAACUAGUUGGAUCUCAACAUGCCCAAUCCCUUGUUCUCUGGGGAGAUAAGCCACCACCAGUUUUUUCUGGCAGUGGAUUAGGCUGUUCUCCCCAUGCCGAACAUGUGCCAUGAGUGGUUGGGUGGUUGGUUGACAGCCAUCUCCCUGACUUAUAUUGCAAAAUAUGUAUUACAGCACCCUAAGUGUACCACUGGUACCCGUCUCUCUUUUCUAUGUCUACUUGUCAGGGAUCAUAAUUCACUUUCCCCUUAGGCAGCAGUAAUAUCAGAAUCACCCUUUUAUUGAAUAAACACAUGUAUAAAAACGCAGAUUAUCCCUGAAACAUUCCUAUGAGAAUAGUGCAGAACGGUACAAUAACCAGCCAUAAUAUUAUUGUGGUUGCUCAAUAAUUCACUGUGAAAUGAAUAACAACCUGCAGUGACAUCCUGACCGUACAGCAUACACGCCUUAGUAAGCCCCUAAAACAGCACGUCCCAUGAGCCUCUUCUCAUGUUUUCUUGAGAAACACCUUAGGCAAGGAAAACACUUGGACACAACGGCCAGUGCAGCAGAAGUUCUUCUCUCUGAAACAUUUCUUAUCUCUGUUUGCCUUGAAUUUGGAUUCCAGAUUUGUUAACUAUUAAAAAAAAACUGUUGCCUCUA